AUGGCGGAGCCCCUAGGUCUGGUGGCACCAGAUUUGAUGGCACGCUUCGAUCCCCGUGCCAAUCUAAAGAUCGACGGCAGUCACCAGCAAGGUGAUCACUCGGAGCCAUCAGAGUCCCCCCAUUUGACAAUCUCAGAGGAUAGGACUGAUCGGGCUGCGAUCGAGAAACGAAACCUUUCAGCUCUAUGCCGUGAAGCACCGGAAGCAGAAGACGACCGUGCAACCAGAACUGCUAGAAUCCAAUCUCUUUUAGAGAAUGAGAAACACCAGCAGAGAAUGCGAGAGACCGAGCUAGAGAUGGAGCAACAGAGGAAGGUGCGGGGAAAGGGGACAGUGCGCCGAGCACAAGAAAUAGCACGCCCAAAACGAGAAGAUAGACGCCAGUACAUGGAGUACCCGAGGACCCAAGCUGCAAAUCGAACAGCAAACCUUCUCCCAACCACGGUUAACCACAACAUAUUUGCAAGUCCCUCGAACUCCAACCGAGCUGUUCAGUCACAGCUGUCGCAACCUGGCACGAAUAAUGGCCGCCUGCCGACAGAGGAAGUUCAGGCAUUGCGAGAGCAGAUGGCGCUCUUGGAAGCAAAACUCAACCAGUACGAAUCGAAAAGUAAUGCUCCAGGCGCCUCUAGAUUUGAAUUUCUCUAUCGCCUGGGUCGUGGCACUCGAGAGGGGGAUGGAGAAGAUGACUCAACUGACGAGGAACCGGAUCCCAGAAUAUUUUCAGACCCGCCAGAGAUUGCAUAUGGUCAAAAUGGAGCUGGCCAUGUCCGGUGUAAUCUACCACUUCGAGAUUUGGACCUUUUUCUCGCACAAAACAGCGAUAUAUCGUUCGUUGUAUUCCGCGACUAUCAGAGAUGGCACCUACCUGGCGACUUUGGGACAGGACACAUACUCCAAGUACCGGAGCCUUUUUCUGAAAGCAUUUAUCCCGUUGCAAAUGACCUCAAAGUUGCCCUGGAUGUGCUGUUUUACGAAACUCCAAUGUUUAGGGACAUACAAAGUCAAUACGACUCCACUGGAGAGAUAUUCGCUCCCUAUCAUUUCUUAUACCACAGCCGAAAGGAUCUGGAGGGCAUCAAGAUAAAUCUGGACGAAAGGGUCAGAGAACAGCUGGAUCUUUUGCUGAAAUAUGUCGAGGAGAAUUUUGGCCACGAGUAUGGCGUCGUGGACUCGCUUCUGAAAGAAGAGAAAAUCACUCCCGACUAUAUCAACUACCUUUUCAAACCGGGCGACAUUAUAGUUGAGGCAACGGGACAGGAUUACACUGGAUACAUUGCAGAAUCAUGGGUAAUUGAUGGGCAGCGUGGUCCCAACCAAAAGGAUACGCAGAGGAUGUCUGAGAGGCUACACCAGUUUCCUACCAUCCCAACCAACGACAAGGAAUACGGUCGACGAAAAGGAUUUCUUCAGCACCCGAAGACGGCUAAAAGCAAAAGUGCUAUCCCGACGACUACAAAAAGCUUAAAAGCCUGGACUCUCAGUUUCGAUGGAGACUUUCGUCGAACGUAUAAGACUUUGCAAAUUGACAUCCCACACGGGAAGCCCACAACAAUAAUGAAGAGACCCGAGGAAGACAAUGAGUAUCGAAAUAUCAUGGACGAAGCUCAAUCGAUUUGUUCUCUCAAUGUGUUUCCAUUGGAAUACGCACCCGAUCUCGUCCUCAAUCUUCUGAAACGAAGAGGAAACACUUUUUGGAAAUGCCGUAGCAGAAGGCUGGUAUCGUACCAUGGCAAGAGGAGCGGCGAGGGUGUAGAUAUGACAGACGAAAGAUACAUGAUUGACAUGGAGACCUACAAGAAGCUUCAUCCCUCUGAUAGAAGUGACCCCACAAACCUGCCACAGGACUUGCAUACAGAAAGUAUCAAUGAACCAGAGGGCAAAUACCUGUUUCUGCUUCCUCCUUAUAUCAAGGGGUAUAAUCUGAGACACAAGAAGUGGUUUGAAAUUUCCGCUGAUGGCAUAUCGGAUGUAAAGUGGAAUCGAGAGGCGUUCCAAAGCCUUGUCAUUGAGCGCAAGUCAAAGGAGUUAAUUCAAGCUUUAGUCACUAGUCAGAUUGAGGCUGAACAGGCAACCGACCUGAUUUCUGGAAAAGGCAACGGUCUAAUUCUACUGCUUCAUGGUGGGCCUGGAACUGGAAAGACCCUAACUGCUGAAAGUGUUGCCGAAAUCGCCGAGAAGCCACUCUACCGUGUGACCUGCGGUGACGUGGGCACACAAGCAGAGCAAGUCGAAAAGUACUUAGAGUCGGUGCUUUAUCUUGGGCGAAUCUGGGGCUGUGUGGUGCUGUUAGAUGAGGCCGAUGUUUUCCUCGAGCAGCGUAGCCUUGAGGAUCUGGAGCGCAACGCCCUUGUGUCGGUCUUCCUGCGAGUCCUCGAGUACUACGACGGUAUCCUAGUCCUGACCAGCAAUCGGGUCGGCACAUUCGAUGAAGCCUUUCGAUCUCGCAUCCAACUUGCACUUCAUUACCCCAGCCUCGGUCCUGAGCAACGAUUUCGAAUUUGGUCAACUUUCAUCGACAGACUCAGCAAAUUGUCGACUGAUGAGGAGAUUGAUAUUGAUGAUUUGAAAGACCAUCUGUCUGUUUUGAAAGAAGAGACAAUGAAUGGAAGGCAGAUCAGAAACGUGAUCACGACUGCUCGGCAGUAUGCCAAAUGGAAGAAAGAGCCUCUCACAUACCAGUAUCUCAAAGAUGUCAUCGAGAUAUCUGGACGAUUUGAUAGUUAUCUCGACAAGCUCCAUGGUGGGUUCUCAAACGAUGAGAUUGCACAGGAUGACGGGUUACGACUAGCAGAGCAGUAA